AUGACCAAUAUUUCCUCGACAGCCGAGCGAGCCGAGUCGACAUGGGGCGAGAUGUCGCAUAUAAACUUGAAGCAAAUUGCCAUACUAGGCGGCAAACCCGCAGAACAAGAAACGCUGCCCUGGGCGGCGGUGACACGAAGCGAAUUCUUGAAUCAAAUUAUGACAAUGUUGCCAUUGUUCUCCGGCUCCGUUUUCCAUAUAUUAACUGCCAUGGCUAUCGUAAUGUUUAUCGGAGCCCCCCCACCAUCCUACGCGAGAAAGACUACGCGUUUGCUGGCCUCCAAACGCGCGGCGCGACGUCGAAUGGAGGCGCUACAAUAUCGCGACAAUCGCUCGUCAUCACUGGAGCCGGUGCCCACCACUCCUCCCAACAACGGCAGCCUCACCUCUGACGACAACGAUGUGCUUCCUGUAGCUGGAUCCUCACAGCAGCGGAAGGCAAAGGCGAGGCCCAGACCCCAACUGCAGAAUACGCCGUACGGCCAUGGAACGGCCAGCCACUCCAUAAUAGAGUUGCAGACGGUGGAUGGCCAUGACCAUAAUGUUACUGAAAUGGAUGCCUACCUCAGAGAGGACCUUCGCCGUCGCAUCUUUAUCGAGUUCGAGACCUUUCUCGUCAAAAUUCUACAUCUUCCCGAUGACUGGCGUGUCUCUUUCAAGUCCGUCAUCGAUGCUGUCCAGGAUGACCCAGAUUUCAAAGGUUUACUUUGGGGUUACCUAAAUCUAUGCAAUGAGGUCGGAACAGGUUACGAGAAGGAGAGGCGCCUGUAUUGUCCUCACGCAGACCUAUGCAAUCGUGUCAUUGACGUGGCUCAGAUGCAAUCCGGCACUGAGGUUUCGAAUGACGAUAACAUAGAGUUUUUCCGUAUGGACCCUUAUUCUGUGCGGGGGUCAAACGACGCGGUUCGCCCCGACAUCGUGGGCAUGCUGCGUACCAUAUUUAAGCUGCCCGACUGCCAGGAGGCUCGAGAUCGUAUCAAAAAGUUUGGCCGAGACAAAAGAUGUCCGUCGCGGUUUGUGCCUGGGUGGCCUCAUGUCAUUGAGGUGAAAGAGAUGAAAGCCACAGAUGAUACGAUUGACGAGGGUGUUGGUGCGAUCAGACUAUUGACCAAAGAUGGCAAGGAUCCUAUGACGACGAGACCGAAGAAAAAUCGCAAGGAUAAAAAGGACGAACCGAAACCUGCUGAAUCUUCUGGUGCAUCCUCUACACAAGAAGGGGAGGCCUCUCAGGGAGGUUCAAAGGGUCGAAAACGCAAAGCAGACACCGAAAACGAGCGAUCUUCAAAAUUCGCCCGAACAUCUAAAACAGCGUCGUCCAGGGCCCAGAGGGCCUUUGAUGAUGACAGCUUCCCUUCAGGAACUGAUCGGGCAGAAAAGGCCCGCAUCCAGUGUGCACGCUAUGCUCUGCAGAUACUUUCGAACGCCGGGCUGAGAUCCCACGCUCUCGUGACUCUCAUUGACUGCGACCGCGUCCAGCUCUCUUACUACGAUCGAUCUGCAAUCAUUGUUUCUCAAGCCAUCGAUCUCGGGGAGAAAGAUGAUGAGAUGCUUUUCGUCGCGAUGCUGAUAGGAUGUCACCGUCUUACGCUCAAACAGCGUGGUAUCUUGCAUCAUAUCAUCGAAGACCCGUACAUUACUAACUUCAAUCGGUUCAAUACCGUUUCGAACGAUCCUAAGAAGCUGUUCUCCGGGCUCUUGACGACUCUUCAGAGAAAUGGCAAGACUAUCGAGGUUAACCUGGGCAGAACGAUCUAUCGCCAGCGAGGCCUCAUUGGACGCGAUUCGUGUGUUGUUGCUGCGACAUGCAAUGAAUGGCCUGGAAUGAAAUUGGUUGUGAAGAUCAGUUGGCUGAGCACCUCGCGGAAGUCGGAAAAGGCUUUGGUUGACAAGGCGAAGGCGGAAGCCGACAAGAAAGCUGGUGAUGGUAAGAGGCACUGGGUUCUGGAUCACCUCCCGAAUAUCCUUCAUGAGCAAGACUUCCCGUUUGACGACGAUUCGGCACAGAAGAUGAUCGCGGAAGUGUUGCACGAUGGCGAGUUCAUCGGUGGAGAGGGCACAUACGAAGAUCGUGUUCUCCGUAUUUCUGUUAUGGAAGAGCUGUUCCCGAUUAAGAGUCUUCGAGAGGCCAAGGACUAUGCCCAGGUGUUUGUUGACAUACUUCAGUGUCACAAGUGGCUUUAUGAUCACCCUGGCAUCCUUCAUCGAGACAUCAGUAUGGCGAAUAUUAUGUAUCGAAGAGAUAGCAAAGGGAAUAUCUGCGGAGUCCUCAAUGACUUUGAUCUCUCGUCGUUACUUCCUAUCACGGAAGCCACAUCCCUUCGUCGCACGGGUACGCCGCCUUACAUGGCAUUCGACCUUCUUCAAGAACGAAAUGAUAGCCCACAUCUUUACCGCCAUGAUUUGGAGGCACUAUUCUAUGUCAUGUUGAUGAUAUGCUGUCGCCACUCUAUCAUUGAAAAACCUCAGCCCGGUGGCACGUCUCAACUGAAGGAAAUAUCCGAACCUUUCUCCCGGUGGUUUGCCCGUGGGGUCUCUUGGGAUGCCUUGGCGGAAAGCAAGGAUUCUUUUUUCGUCCGUGCCGACACCCUUCCUGUCUCUUCGUGCUUCGAUGACUUUCGUCCUUGGCUCGAAGCCAUUCGCCGUGCCUUUUCAAAAGGGAUCAAUGCCCGCCGGACUUGGAAGGAUGCACUUGUAAAUGUGUCAUUGGUGACUGUCUCAGAGGAAUUCACUUUCGGUGUUUCCGCAUCCUCCCAGCUGAAAUCACUGCAGGAGAGUGUCCAAGAACCGUUUGAUGAUGCAACCCUCGGUGGAUUUAUUACAUAUCACUCAUUCUUGAUAUUCAUGCACGUAUUUAACGGGGAAGAGCUCAUUUUGAAGAACAAAGAUAUACCCCCAGCAGUCACGCCCUCAUAGAUAGGCUACAUGAUAUUGUUACUACGCUUGUAACACACUGAUGAUAGACUAUUGACACUACAAACUUCUACUCAGUGAAUAAUAGUAAUAGUGAUUUAUC